AUCCUAAAUAAUCAACUAUUCAAUCGAUGUAGAUAACAUCUCCCGAGAAACACACCGGGAUCAGUGACGUUUCGGACACUUUACACGAUUUGUUUGCCAAGGCUAAUUAUCCUCUAAUUAAAGAGUUAACGUACGACAUGAACUUUACACUGAAUUUGAUACAGGUGGAUCAAGGUGGGUGGAAAACGAAUAAUACCUUCACUGGACUAAUGGGGUUGUUCCUCAAUCGAACCGUCGAGCUUGGAGCUAUGGGAAACCUUAUGCGGUCCGAACGAAUGGAAGUGGCAGAUUUCACCAUCGUUACGUUACUGCUGAAGACUUGCGUAAUCUUCAAGCAACCACCGCUAUCGCUGGUUUCCAACAUCUUCGAGUUGCCGUUCAGUGGCGAAGUGUGGCUCAGUUGCUUAGGUUUCAUACUCAUCUGUUGGGUCAUCAUGAUGAGUUUCAGGUUCUAUUCAAAACAGGAGCUCCUGACCCCGGGGGACGCUCUAACCUUCAUUAUCGGAACAAUGUGCCAGCAGGAUAUCUAUCUGACUGCCCACUUUAAUUCUACGAAGUUUCUUUUCUUCGUGGCAAAACUGGCCAGUUUCUUCAUCUUCACGGCCUAUUCGGCAACGAUCAUAGCGCUGCUUCAGAGCCCAAGUAGAGCCAUAACUUCGAUAGAUGACCUAACGGCAUCCCCCCUGAAGGUCGGCGCCAUGGAAACUGUCUACAUCUGGGUUUACUUCACGGAAGCCAAGGACGUCCAAGUUCAGAAACUGUUUCGCAAAAAGAUCAAACCGUUCGGAAAAGAAUCCCUCAUCGAGCCGGACGUCGGAAUGCAACGAGUCCGGGACGAGCUGUAUGCAUUUCAGGUAGAAUCCAAUGCGGCAUAUCAGUUGAUCAAGCGAACGUUCACCCCGCAGGACACCUGCAAGAUCCAUGAGUUGGAAGCGGUCAAGGUGGCACCAUUUUCCAUUCCGGUUCGGAAGGGUAGCAAGUACCGGGAACUGAUCCGUCAGCGACUGACAUGGCAGAUGGAGGUCGGUAUCAUGCACCGAGCGCACAUGAUUUGGAUUGCCCAGAAGCCCAAGUGUGAAGCAGGAGUGGCUGCGUUCAACUCGGUGGGCACAGAGGAAAUGCGCUUCCUGUACAAGCUUCUACCGGUUGGGAUGGCUCUGGCUUGGUUCAUAUUGGGUGCUGAACUGUACCGCAAAAGGAGGCUACAGAAGAGGGAAGCGAAUGCCGGAAGUUUUGGAAGUGAGAAAGCAGUUGCGAACAGUGAAAUGAAAAUGGACCUCGUAUAUGAUGGUUAUUUGCAUUAACCCGUGAAAGCUUAUAAGCCCAAGUGCCAUUUUCUAGUCAAAUACUCUAGAAGAGGUUUUUAGAGCUACCAUAAAACCAAAAUCAAAGGUAUGAGGUGUUAUGGCGGUUCUGAAAACCUUUACCAGAUUACCUAGCCAUCAACAUGUUACUAGGGUAAGAUGUCUCUCUAUUUUAACCUUAAUAUACAUUUUAGUAUCAACAGUCCAGUUGCAAUAAUAUAAACACAAUUUCACGAAAAAAAAAUGGAAUUCUAUGGUGUAGUUAACCCGGGAGGAAUCCCGAGAAGGCUCCCGGAAAGAAUCUCUAGAGCAGGAGUUUUCAAAUCGUGCACUGCGGAUCACUUGGUGCACCGCAAAGUCAUGACAAGUGCACCGCGACACUGCCUGUUGAUGAAAAAUCAUUCGGAUAAAUGAGAACAGGGGAUCCUUGGCAAAACUAUCGUAAAGUGCUACAAGAGGUGGAGAAAAAUAAUUCCAUAAUUCACGCCGAUGGGGUUGCCUCAACUUAUGAAGGAA